AUGUUAUACAGGUAUUUAUUUUUAACGGUUAUUUUAUCCGUUUUUCCGAUAAUUAAAACUCAAGAUGACGACGAUGACGAUUUUCCAGUUCCGGAUUAUAUAUAUCAGUGUAAAAGAAACGAUCCGGAUGUGAAUGCCUGUUUAACAUAUGCGGCAAAUCAUUUAGCCAAUCAUUUUAAAGAUGGUAUUCCAGAAUUAGGAGUUCCAGGUGUCGAACCUAUAUCCAUCGAUGAAAUACAAAUCGCAUUAGGUACAGGACCGGAUGGAUAUCGUGCUAUUUUUAGAGAUAUCGAUGCUUAUGGUGUCAGCAACAUGACCGUAACUGGAGUUAGAACGGAUUUAGAUACUCUACAAUUUCAAUUAAGUUUUUUUAUACCAAAGAUAUCAGCACAAGCCAAAUAUAGAAGUUCUGGAGUUUUGAUUAUGGUUAAAGCAUCUGGAGGUGGUGAAUAUUGGGGUGAAUAUGAGGGUGUGAGAGCAAAAGUUUAUUUUAGAGCAAAAGCUCAUCCCGUAGGAAGACACAAAUAUUUAAGCAUCGAAGAAAUCAAAAUGGAUUUCAGCGUGAAAUCAAUUAAAAUGGGUAUACAAAACAUACACAAUGGAAAUUCCGUACUCGAAGCCGCAUUGAACUUGAUGAUAAACACGCACGCUCAAGAAUUAUUAACGGAAAUGAAACCGUCAUUGAGAAAAGAACUCGUUGGAAAAAUGAAAAUAUUUACGGAAAAUAUUUUCGCAAGAAUUCCAUACGACAUUAUGGUAGCAGACGAUUAA